AAUGGCGGCUUCCAUGGACGAUGAUGGGUUUCAAGCUGAUGAUCUCUAUGUUUUACUUAAUGUAGAUAGAAAGGCCACAAACCAAGAGAUCAAUAAGGCCUUUCGGCGGAUGAGUAAAAUAUUUCAUCCAGACAAACACUUGGAUGCGGUAAAGAAAAAACAAGCAGAGAUUUUCUUCAACAAAAUCAAAAAUGCUUAUGAAAUACUUAGUAACCCAAAUAAGAGAGAAAUCUACAAUCGCUAUGGAAUGAAAGGACUGGAAGUAGAGGGACUAGAGAUUAUCACUAGGACAAAGUCACCUGCAGAAAUCAUAGCAGAAUUAGAUAGGUUGAAGUAUGAACAGGAACAACGCAAGUUACAGAGAACUAAUCCAGCGGGUGAGGUAGAAGUUGGAAUUAAUGCCACCAAUCUGUUUGAGGGUUAUGCUGUUGACCCUGAUUAUGAAGAUAGACUUAGUUACAUAGAGAUUUCAGAGUUCAACAUCUCCCAGUCUGUAGAUUAUCCAAUAACUCCAAAAGACACUGCCAUAAUCUCGGGGUCAGUCUCGUCCAGAAAUGGAAAUGGAUCUGGAAGUUUGUUAGUGGGAUACCGUCGACAGACCUCAGACAAAGGAUGGCUACAGGGACAGACUACAUUUGGUCGAUCAGUGCCAUUGGAACUGCAUGCCUACAGACAGCUAACCAGGAGAUGUUACUGUAAAGGUGCCAUUGGCUUUGGUUUGCACAACAAUAGGAUGCAGUUAGGUCUGUCCUUCUUGAUAUCCUGCCAGUUAGAUCGUCACAUUCAGGGGGAAAUGGCUCUGAGUGUUGUCAAUAGAUCCAGAUCAAAUUUGAGCACCACUUUACGUAUAGAUAAGGAACCACACAGAGCAUCAUUUACAGUACAAGUAGGCUUUUCUAAUUUUGCCAGAGCCAUAUAUGUCAGAAACUUUCAGGACCAUGACUGCAGGAUGAGAUUAUCAUUGACAGGUGGGACCGUAGGAUGGUAUUUUGCAUAUGGUGUGCAAAAGAAAAUUACAGAAUUUAGCACAAUACAUGCUAAGAUGAUAAUUGGAAAUAAUGGUGGGGUCCGACUACAAUUAAGGCUACAUCGUGGACAACAGUCAUAUGUUUUCCCAAUUUUACUGUCAGAGCAGCUGCUACCUACAUCAAUAUUCUAUGGAACAUUUAUCCCUACCUUGGCUUAUUUUGCUGUAAAGAAGUUAAUUAUUGAUCCUUUUAUCAAACAGAAAGAAUCUGAAGAACUUAAAAAGAAACAAGAGGAGCAGUCUGAGGAAUUACUACAGAAAAAGAAAGAUGCAGAAGUAGCUGUGGAGUUGAUGGAACAGACAGUAGAGAGAAGUUUGGAGUACGAGACUCGGAGAAAUGGAUUGAUUAUUCUAAAGGCUCUGUAUGGUCAACUUACAACAGAAGAUGGAGAAUUAGCAGAAUCUAAUUGUAUAGAUGUUAAAGUCCCACUACAAGCACUUGUAGUAGAAUCCCAGCUUAUCAUCUUAGACUCCAGUACUAAGAGUGAACUUCCAGGUUUUUAUGAUCCAUGUCCUGAUCAGGAGAAGAGUCUAUAUAUUCGCUAUAACUUUAGAAACCGACCUCAUCAGGUGACUGUAACGGACAAAGAACCUAUCAGAUUGCCACUGCAAAGGCAUGUAAUGCUGGAUGAAACAGAAGAAUCAUUUGUUCAUCUAUGACACAGACUGGGAUAUAGAUACUGAAGAUUUAUCUGUGGUACAGUUUAGGAACAAUGUGUUUAUCUAUGGCUUGAUGGACAGAGUCCAAAAAAAAAUUGUUUCUCAAUCACACAGCUAUUGAAAAAAUUCAUGUCAUAUGAGACAUUGUUUGUGAGAGCAGUGACUUUGAUAUUCUUUUAGAAACAUCAUUUGUGUAAUAAUUGAAACAAACAUCUUAUAAGAUGUGAGGAAUUUAAUGUUGACAUUAUUUGAUUAUUCAAUAAGCAAUCAUAC